UCCUCCUCCACACCAUGUCCGCCGCGGAGAGCGCGCACCUGGGCCGGGCGCUGUGCAUCAUCACCGGGGCCUCCCGGGGCUUCGGCCGGGCCGUGGCCCUGGACCUGUCUCGGCUGCUGCUCCCCGGCUCCGUGCUCGUGCUGGCCGCGCGCUCCGGCGCCGACCUGCGGGCGGUGGAGGCGGAGCUGGCCGGGAGAGCCGGGCUGAGCGUCCGCAGCGUGGAGGCCGACGUGGGGCAGAGCGAGGGGCUGGACGGCGUGAUGAGCGCCUGCAAGGAGGCUUCGUCUGCCGAUAUCGAUCACCUGAUCCUGAUCAAUAACGCAGCGUCCCUGGGAGACGUCUCCCGCUUCACCACCGGCUUCACCAGCCUGCCGGAGGUGGACUCCUACAUGUCGCUGAACGUCAGCUCGCCGCUGUGCCUCACGGCGGGGGUCCUGCGGGCCGUGCCGCGGCGCGCCGGCCUCAGGCGCACCGUGGUCAACGUGUCGUCGCUGUGCGCCCUGCGGCCCUUCCGCUCCUGGGUGCUGUACUGCACCGGCAAGGCCGCCCGGGACAUGACCUUCCGGGUGCUGGCGGAGGAGGAGCCGGACGUGCGCGUGCUCAGCUACUCUCCAGGCCCUCUGGACACGGACAUGCAGCGGGAGGCGCGGUCCCACACGGCCGACCCGGACAUCAGGAAGUCCUUCUCCGACAUGUUCUCCGAGGGCCAGCUGCUGUCCUGCCAGGCGUCCUGCGCCAAGCUGCUGAAGCUGCUGCUGGAGGACGCCUUCACCUCCGGGGACCACGUGGACGUCUACGACGUGUAGACCAACCUGGUCCCUGCUGCUCUGCAAGGCCCCCCAGUGUUUACAGUUCACUGGUGAAAGUCCUGGACUUCCAGUUUUGGCUUUCUGACAGCAGUUACUAUUUAACCGAGCUGCUUCGAUUGACAUUCCACCGCUUUUUCCAGACCUUCCAGUCUGGACUUCCAAAGUGAACGACCAGUAAACUGCCUGGUCUUCCCUGUAAAGGUACAGCGUGUGCUUAUUGUGUUCUGAUACAUCUGCAAUCGACGAUCAGUCGGAUUUUAGCUCAAGAAAUUCGUACCAUCAACAAAAUCAGCAAAUCAACCAAAAACUAAAAUGUCGGCGAAAUCCUGCAGUACCAGUUUGCACCACAAGGUAGAGAAAAAGCUCCGAUCGGAGCCUAAAAUUACCCAGGAUGGCCAUGUGACCACUGAAGAGCGACCAGUACCAGUAAACAUCCUGUGACCAACGUCGGCAGAGUUAACGGAUCUUACACCAGAAAUAAGACGCUGAUUUCAGAUUUAACUUCGUGACCAAACUGUUACAGCUGGAAGUCAAGACAUCAGUUAGAGGAGGAAGAUGCUCUAUAAAACUGUUAGAUCAGUGUAACUGAGGUUUUCUUUCAAAGAACAGGAGUUCGUUGAAAUUAUAAACGCCCUUGAAGCAGUUGUGUUUGAUGCUAACGCUGGCCCUCGCUCUGACGACGGACUGAUGGAGAUUCACUUGUUUUAAGUUUAGCAUGAAAUAAAUCCUACAUUUUUGGAUGAAGUGGUUUUCAGAAGGUGGAUGUUUUUCAUGUAUUUGUCUUUACAUUCAACAGUUUUGUUGAAAAUUAUUCUUAAAU